AUGCGCGGCGGCUGUGUCCAUUCAUAUUUGGAGACGAGCGCCUUGUUGUCAGCUAUUCGCCCACAUAGAGAGUGGAUGAAGGGGAGUGGAAUGAAAUAUCUUGCUUCUGCCGACACGGGUCCUAUCCCUGUUGCGCGACGAGCGCAGCAGCAGAAGCAAGACGCCCUGGUUGGUUGGUACAUAUCGUGUUGUCCCUUGAGAACUUGCUGCUGUUCACCGACCAAGUACAUUUCAGCAAACUCCCCUCUGGUCCUCCCCCCUACCCACCACUAUCGUCGCCUCGAUCAGCACAGCUAG